AUGGCGCAGAAUACUGGGAGAGCGGGUGUCAUUGUCGCCCCCGACGAUGCUAACAGCAUGGAUAAGCUUGCUCAUUCAGUACUCGACGAUCUCCUCUACAAUGUCGUCCAAGAUCUACUGAUCAAGACGCACCGCGAUGAGAAAACCGCCCGUGCAGCCACGGCUGCGAUCCGUGUCGAGAAGCUGGCCUCCGACACCUCAGAGACGGCCGACGCUAAGCCGGACGUGCGCAUAGAGACGGAUGCCGCCAUCUACGAGGAUGGCAAGGUUGUGCUCAAGGGCAAUCCCCUGAAGACGACAAAAGAGAUACUCUGCCCCAGAUGCCAUCUGCCGCGGCUACUCUACCCGACCGACGGCAAGGGCGCGAGGAAGCCCGACCCCAGCGUCAUCUAUUGCAAGAAGCACCCCUACAUUGACAAGCCCGGCUACGACAUCUACGGACAGACCUGGGUCGCUCCUGGCCCCGGCAGGGGAAAGAAGAAGAAGGACAUGGAUAAGAAGCUGGAUCCCGCCACCGACUCGCCCGGCACCCCAACUCCCGACCAGAAACCGGCCAACGUGCUGUCUUUCCCCUCGGCCACGUGCAGCAAGUGCAAGAGGUGCAUCCUGGUCACCAGGUUGAACAAUCACAUGGGUUCUUGCAUUGGCAACAGCGGAAGAAAUGCUAGUAGGGCAGCGGCCCAGAAGAUCAGCAACGGCAGCAACGGCAACAGCCAGGACGCCACACCCCCAUCGAGCCAGAAGGGCACCCCGUUACCCGGCUCGAGGGCGUCGAGCCCCAGGAAGAGGGACGGAGACGAGUUUGACGAGGACGGCGGCGAGGAGUCGGACCCGUCUAAUCCCAAGAAGAAGAAGCUCAAGCCGACGACCGCCGUCACUAAGAAGGUCGUCCUCAAGCCUAAGGGCCCCAAGAAGGACAAGGUCAAGGCGAGCUCACUGCUCAGUGUCGAGCAAAAGGUCGACGACGAUGACAAGGACUCCACGGUCGAAGUGGCCCCAAAGAAGAACCCCAAGAUACCCUCCCCAGCCAAGAAGCUCAAGCUCGGCUCCAAACCGCCCUUGUCGUCGCCCAUGUCCAAGAAUGGGCGUGACGGUGACGCCGAGUCAGAGUCCUCCGGCACCUUGUCCUCCCCGCCUCAUCACUAG